GAUGACGUCAAAUUCAAGAUGGAUGGAAUCACGGCGGCGGCGGCGGCAGCGCGGGCCGAGCCCUGAGAGGAGGCGCCCCGGAGGGGGGCGAGCGGGGAGGGGAGGCGGACAGGAGGCAUCAGAAUCAUGGAGGGGCUCUUGCACUACAUAAACCCAGCACAUGCAAUUUCCCUUCUGAGCACCCUGAACGAGGAGCGUCUCAAGGGACAGCUGUGUGAUGUUGUGCUCAUAGUGGGAGACCAGAAAUUUCGAGCCCAUAAGAACGUUCUGGCUGCCAGCAGUGAAUACUUCCAGACUCUGUUCACAAACAAGGAGAACGAGUCUCAGUCAGUGUUUCAACUCGACUUUUGUGAGCCGGAUGCUUUCGAUAACGUGUUGAACUACAUUUAUUCUUCAUCCUUGUUCAUUGAGAAAGGCAGUCUCGCAGCUGUGCAAGAGCUGGGCUACAGUCUUGGGAUAUCCUUUCUCACAAACAUCGUUUCCAAGAGUCCUCAAGCUCCUUUUCCUGCUUGCCCUGUCAAGAAAAUACUGUAUCAAGAUGAAGAUGAAAGUAGUUCCCAGAAGAGAAGUGUCAUCGUCUGUCAGAACAGAAUUGAAGCACAAGCGAAAAGCAUAAAUCAAACACAGCAUGAUUUAAGCCAUACUCCUAAACCUCCGCCCUCUGUGGCAGUCAAAACUAGCAGCAGACCACAAAUAACAAAACCAACUGAAACCCUUCACAACUUACCACUGACUGAAAGGAGGUGGCUGAAAGAAAGUCCUUUGGGCUAUACGAAGGUUCAUGAAACUUCUGGAACUGUGGAGGAUCAGGGCAGGGGUGGUUUGGUGAAAAGGAACACGGUGCUGCCUCAGAUGCCUUUAGCAGAGAAGGAAAUUGCAGACGAUGAGCCAGGAAGCAGUGGUCAGCUUUUGAGAGGAAAGGCUGUGGAGAUGUCACUGAAGAGACCACGACCACCAGUCUUGUCUCUGCGUGGGGCAUCAGAAUCCACGUUUUUGUUGCGAGAGGCAGGAAAAGGAAACGGUCAAGGCGAAGACAGGAAUUUGCUGUACUACUCAAAGUUAGGGCUGGUAAUCCCAUCUAGUGGGUCUGGCCCAGAAAACCAAAGUAUUGACAGAAGUGGGCCCCUUGUAAAAAGUCUUCUGCGGAGGUCACUGUCCAUGGACAGCCAGGUUCCUAUUUACUCACCUUCCGUUGACCUAAAACCUGCACAGGCGUCGUCCUCCUCCUCACCGGGAACUAACGAUUCCCAGAAAACAUUUAACGUCGUGUCCCAGAAGUCAUCCCUGAAAGAGUCAUCGGAGAAGUUAGUCCUGGAUGAGAAACCACAGGUAAUACACCCACAUCGCCUUAGGUCUUUCAGUGCCUCUCAGUCCACUGACAGGGAGGUGGCUUCCCCUCUCUCGGAGGUGCGGAUAAAAACCGAACCGAGCAGUCCACUCUCAGAUCCCGCUGAAAUUAUAAGAAUUACGGUGGGUGAUGGUUCAGCCUCGACAAAUAAAGACUUUGCUUUUAAAACCGAGGAUGAUCACAAGGAACCGAGCAGAAUUCCAGCAAAAAGGAGGUCUCAGGACGAUAGAAUGCUGCCAUUCAAGAAGCUGAAGGCGGAUGAGCAGGGUUCUCCUGGCUCAGAAGAGAACUUUGAGGAAGGCUCAAGCCCUCCGCACCUUGAUGCUGAUUUUCCUGAUUCUGAUGUCAGUAAAGAUGAGUACAGCGAGAUGGAAGAAGCAAGACCAAAUAAAAAAUUUAAAUGCAAACACUGCCUUAAAAUCUUCAGAUCGACAGCAGGUCUUCAUCGUCACGUUAACAUGUAUCAUAAUCCAGAGAAGCCCUACGCUUGUGACAUAUGCCACAAGAGAUUUCACACCAACUUCAAAGUGUGGACGCACUGCCAGACCCAGCAUGGAAUCGUGAAGAACCCCUCACCGGCCUCCAGUUCUCACGCCCUCUUGGAUGAAAAAUUCCAAAGAAAACUGAUCGAUAUAGUGAGGGAGAGGGAAAUCAAAAAAGCUCUGAUCGUGAAACUGAGACGUGGCAAGCAGAGCUUUCAGGGCCAGUCCGCUUCACAAGCACAGCAGGUCAUCAAGAGGAAUUUAAGGUCGAGAACCAAAGGAGCCUAUAUUUGUACCUACUGUGGGAAAGCUUAUCGCUUCCUCUCGCAGUUCAAACAGCACAUAAAAAUGCACCCAGGGGAGAAACCCAUCGGAGGGAACAAGGCUCCUAAGCAGAAGGAUCACAUUCACAUUGAAAGCCCAGUGGAGAACAAGGAGGUUUAUCAGUGCCGGCUCUGCAAUGCCAAACUCUCCUCACUCAUUGAACAGGGAAAUCACGAGCGACUCUGUAGGAACGCCACUGUCUGUCCUUACUGCAGCCUUAGGUUUUCUUCUCCAGAGCUGAAGCACGAGCACGAAAGCAAGUGUGAGUACAAGAAGCUCACUUGCCUCGAGUGUAUGCGUACCUUCAAAUCAUCCUUCAGCAUCUGGCGCCAUCAGGUUGAGGUUCACAAUCAGAACACGAUGGCUCCAUCAGAGAACUUUUCCUUACCUCUCAUGGAUCACAACGGGGAAAUAACCAGUUCGUCCAGGUUGCCCCCGCAGUCAGAGUCCAAUAAAAUGAACAACUUUGUUGCUGCGAAGGAGGAUGGUGUGUUCAGUGACUCGUCAGAACAAAUCAACUUUGAUUCUGAAGACUCCUCAUGCCUACCUGAGGACUUAAGCGUCUCCAAACAGUUUAAAAUCCAGAUCAAAGAAGAGCCUGCGGAUGACAUCGAGGACGAGGUCACCGAAACGAGCAGGGAACCUAAGGAAGUGGUCUCCAAGAAGGAUGCCAACUUGUGGCCCUGUGAGAAGUGUGGGAAGAUUUUCACCUUGCGCAAGCAGCUGGAGCGUCACCAGGAGCUCCUGUGCUCCGUGAAGCCCUUUAUUUGCCACGUGUGUAACAAGGCCUUCCGAACGAAUUUCCGGCUGUGGAGCCACUUCCAGUCUCACAUGUCGCAGGCUGCAGAGGAGGCCACGAACAAGGAGCCUGAGAUAUGCCCACCAGCCAACUCCCCGUCCCCUCCGCCCUUACCCCCGCCUCCACCGCUCCCCAAAAUCCAGCCUUUGGAGCCGGACAGCCCCACGGGCUUACCGGAGAGCUCCAGUACUACUGAGAAGUUGUUCGUGCCCCAGGAGUCAGACACGCUGUUCUACCACGCCCCGCCGCUCUCAGCAAUCACUUUCAAGAGACAAUACAUGUGCAAACUCUGUCACAGGACUUUCAAGACGGCUUUUAGUCUCUGGAGCCACGAACAGACACACAAUUAAGCUUUAACAGAAACCUUACAAAGCUGUGUUCAGGGUCUCACACGUCUGCCACACAGACUAGAAAUUUUGAGAGGAUCAAAACGAUGAUGAAAAAUGUGGAAUCUGUGAUGCUGCUUGGGUUUGAAGGUUAGGGGAAGCUAACUUGGUUAUUAGGUAGAAAGCAGAGUAAUUUAAAAUCCUGUGGUCUGGGAUCUGAUAGUAACAGUAUAAAUUUUAUUUCAUUUAACACUGAAAUGCGAUUGCAUCUGGAUUGUAUGCAUGGAUCUUCAUCCUGUGAUGUUGGUGUGUGCGUGUGUAUUAUAUAUAAAGUUAUAUAUUAAAUGAAAGAGCAACAACAAUUUGGAUUCUAACUGUGAGCUUAUAGUAGUGAAAUACUGUAACCAACUUUGUUAAUUUGUUUUCAAAAAGGAAACCAACACACGAGCUCCAUAUAAAUGGUUGCCAUGCACUGGCAGUUAAGGAGGAGGUGGAUGGAGUGUCUUGCUGUAUUGACUUAGGUCUUAGAAACCUUUAGCAAUAACAAAUAAACCUCAACUUUGAGUAAUCCUGAUGUUAUUGGAUACGAAUGUUUGCUAUUUUAAGGGAACACGGAAUUGUUUUAUUGUUGUAUGGAACUUGUGCAAAUUAAAAUAGAAUCUAAAGUCAGCAAUAUUAUUACUAAGAUUUUAUAUAAGAAGUAGCAGCAAGUCUGCUCUCAGCCAUUUAAUUUUAAGUUUCUAAGGAAAAUCAAGAGUGGGGGUACUUUGCUUUAUAUAAUGUCCCAAAGACUAAUUUCCUAUGGAUACUUGGGUAGCUGAAGUCAUUGUAUAACAGCCAUCAUAAUGCAAAUGGUACUGUUUGUAACAUGAACUGGGGUUGAAUGGACGUCAGACAAGUUUCAUAGCUUUGUUUCCACUAUUUGUACAACUGUUUGUAAUUCUGACUACAAAGGAAUGUAUAACUAUUAAAUCAACAGGAGAGAGCUCAUCAAGGGACAGAAGAUGAGCUGUGUUUCUAAACACAGUCAUAAGCUUGGCCAUGAGUACAGAGAUAUGUUUUAACAGAGCCUAAAAAUGUAAAUAUUUAUAUAGACACCUGUAUAAAUGAAGAAGUAUGUAUUUGAAAUUUGUAUUAAGCGUUGCAUAUCCAGCUCAAAGCAGAGGAGAAAAUCACACUACAAUCACAGCAUUUUAUGAAUACAAUGCAUAGAGUAGUUCUUUCUGCAGCUUUUCUAUCAUAUGUGAUACUGUGUUGCAAUUUUCCAAUUUGUCGAAAACUGUGGUAAUAAUGGAACCACUUCCAUGCGGUUCCAUUAUUUUACCUCAAAUCACAACUGGAGCAUUUAGUGUAAGUAGGAUCAUACAUAUUUACCAGGAGCUGUAGUAAGGGUCCAAAUUUUUCUGUAAGUAAAGGAAAUACUUUCCCAGAAGCGUGAGGUGAACUAGCAGUGAGAAAUUCUUCUGAUGGAAUUUAAACUCGGUGGAGUGGUGAUGGAUUAGAGUGAAGGUAAAUGAUGCAAACAGUGUUUCUGAUCCUGACCAACCUUCCCCCUGCAGGGCUGGGAGAGGGGGGAUGUCAUUCCACGCUGCUGAGUCAGAGCCCAGUCUGUGUCUGCUGAAACCAGCACAGAGUUUGGUCACCAGUUUCAGGGGGAGCCGGAGUGAGGCUUUAGUUCUGUGUGUAACCAUGUGACUGUUCUUUCAGUAUCCCAAACUCAAAAGUUGGAAGAAUUGCAAGCUGACACUUAAGAUUUAUCAAAAUUAAGCACAAAUGUAAUUCCUAAGAAUCUGAGGAUGGGCAUCCUUAAUCAGGCACACACCAGAGUAGAUUUUUCUCAGUGAAAGCCCAAGUGUGCCACCAUUUUUUUCCAACAUUUAAGUUUAAAAAUAUUAGCUCAGGACGGACCCCUGACUUUUUUUUUCCAGCUACCAAAAAAUUUGCAAUGUUAGUUUCAAGCCUCUUCUGCUUCAUUUUUGACCAAAAUCUAAAAUUGUUACUGAACACUUCUGUUAGUAACAUAUUGUUCUUUUUUUGCCCUCUUCCAGGCAAAUUGUAGCUGAAUAUGAUUAGGCUAAUUUGCUUGAAUAUCAGUUAAACUCUUUCAGUGGCAUUGCAGUUAAAGAAGGUACUUGCUUAAUAGUGACAUUUCCAUUACUGACUUUUUUUAUUCCACCCAAUAAGACUAAAUUUCUUUCCCACUAGAAACAAUUUCAAACUAAAAUGGUUAUUGCACUUAACCUGGCUUAAAAAAAAAAAAUCAGAAAAACAUCAAGCCCCACGAAGUAUCCUUCAAAUGUAUUUAAGAAAUCGGUGCAUAUAAAAUACGAACGUGUUUUUGUAAAACAGUUCCUGAGUUUUCCUCAAUUAUUCCCCUACACAACAGUCUCAAAGCAUAGAUGUGAAGUUCUUUCUAAAGGAAGGUGGCAGCGAGCUCAGCUGGGUCAGAGCCAUCUCACUUCCAACUGGGAUUCUGCUCUGUGACAGGAUGAGAAAUUUUACACACUUUAAAUCAAAAUCUUGUGCAACAUUUUUGCAGAAACCUUGACCUUUUUCCUAGUGUGCUAAAAAAUCCAUCAAAUAUUUUUGGCCUAAAUAGCCUCCUAAAUUUUUCUUCAGUGUUUGGGGGGUUUUUUGUUUGGUUGGUUGGGUUUUUUUUAAUUUUGUUUUCAACUUUGAGCGUGUUCUGUGUGUUUGUUUUUUUUUUUUAAAUUUGGUUCCUGUUGUUUAGUAAAGGAAUUCAGGAUCUCUAAAAUUUAAAUAUGAGAUGUUUAUAUAGCAGUUCUGGUUUUCUAUUAGCUUUUAUACAGUAUCUUAAAAAGCCCUUGAUAGAAGUGUUUAUUUUGGAGGAUACGGAAUAAAUAUGCUUCCACUUAUAUAACUUUAAUAUAUGUUUUAAAAGUUAAAUUAUGGAGAAAAAAAAAUGUUAGUUGCUUGUUUAUAAAUAAAGAUCUUUUGAAGAGUGUCUAGUUUGGCCACAGCCAAAAUAAAAGGCAAAUUUAUUGAUACAAAA